CAACACGAUACCAUACGCUUGUAUACACAAGUUAAAUACAAUGCUUCCUUUCCCCAAUUCCCUACAGUUAUCCUUUCAGGCCCGCUUUCACCUGAGCAGUAAAAGUUUCAAAUAUGUGACACCAUUCACCAUCACCAUCACCAUCACCACCGACCACCGACCACCACCACCACCAUUCAUCGCUCAGGAUGGAUUGAAAAGAGGAGAGAAGAAAAGUAUAUAAAAAAGAAGAUUGCCCCCGGGAAACAAAGGAGAUGGAAGACGAUAUAGAAGAAAAAAGACCCAACCCGUAAAAUCGAUGAAAAUAAAACGCUAUUGUGAAAAGAAUGCGAGGAGAAUGAAUGAGAUCACUUUUCUGGGAAGUGAUUGAAAAGGAAUCCAUCAGACAUCCAUCCGUUCCCUAGUCGUUGAACGAUAGACACGAAUUGAAGUGAAGUGUAGCGAUUAAGGGG